AUGCCUCCUCCUCCGGAUCUUCUAGCCUCAGCAGUGCCGCGAGUCGGCGUUGCAGUAUUCAUCGUCCAUCCAGAAAGUGCCUCCGGGCCGGGGUCUUUCUUGUCCACGUCUACAUCUAGACCAAAAUCUACAUCCACUCAGAGUAACAAGUCAAGCAAACCCGGUGUCGGUGGGGGUGUCGGCGUCCAACAACACAACCACCAUGACAAUAUCAGUCAUCAAACCAGCAAUAUCUCCUCUGAUGGCGGCGGCCAUUCGAGCAUAUACAUAUCAGAACUCAAAUCAGGAGACAGUCAAAGGUCCAAAUGCAGACCGAAAUCCAAAUUCAAGUUUCUUCUAGGCAUGCGUCUCGGCUCUCAUGGCGCCGACACGUGGGCCCUACCCGGCGGCCAUCUCGAGUUCAACGAAACAUUUGAAGAAUGCGCGGCCCGGGAGGUUCUCGAGGAGACGGGUCUCGUAUUGGACCCUGAAAGUCUGAGGUUCUUGACAGCCACGAAUGAUUUGAUGCCUUUGGAACAGACACAGACACAGACACAGACACGAUUGGGGAAGAAUUCGGUAGAGCAGAGUGGGAAUGGGAUGGAAAUUGAGACAGAGACAGAGAUGGACACAGACACAAAAACAAAGUCGGGCAAGCAUUACGUUACGAUCUUCAUGACGGGCCGGGUGGAGAGUCAGAGUGAUCCCACUACUACUGCAGUCGAGACUGGUAACACACAGAGGUUGCAAAGUAUCGAGGUCAUUGAUAGGUCGACGACUGACAAUAGCAAUAGCAGAACCGACUCUGGCACUGGAUCUGGCUCGGGUUCUUCUCAAUUUCCCACAGCACAACUCAUGGAACCGAACAAAUGCGCCGGAUGGGAAUGGGUCAGCUGGGACGAUUUGCUGCGCUGGGCGAGACCCCAGGUUGAAGAAUAUCAACAUCAACAAAAACAUCAACAACGCAACAGGUGCAAAGGUAGUGCCGGGGGCGAGACAGGCCUACACAAGGCAAAGGAUGCCCACAUCAUUAACCGUGACACUACCAAUCCCGUUAAGGACAACGAUUCCGCCGCCGACAACGUUGAUGAGAAUGAGGACAACGACGAGGGAAAUGGCGGAAACGAGUCAAACGACACUCAUACUCACGUUCACGUUCCCUACACGGUGACGCACCAACGGACGCUGUUCUCGCCCAUGAUUGAUCUUUUGAUCCAGAGACCCGGGAUUGUUCCUCGACUGUAG